GCAGUUUGUUUUAUUUUUGGUUUAUUAUUCAAAUUUUCUUACACAUAUGAAAUUCGGUUCAAGUCCGUUCUCUUUUUUGAUAUCCUCCUGUGUUUUGAUUGGUUGUAAGGAUUUGAAUACGUACGGAAACACUUUGUAUGCAUCAACCUGCAAAAUUAUGUUGUUAGGGCCCGCGUAUGUCAGCGGGAUCCUCCCGAAUCCUCGCAAAGCGAGUUCCACAGAAGAUCUGCGAGGUAACGGAAGAUGUGCAAGACUGGGAGAACCAUCUCAUUCUGAGAGUUCCAAAUGAUGUUGCAGGUCGGGUGGAUGCGAUGCUUGCCGAAAGUCAGAACAAGGAAAUAGAUGACCUAGCUAUCCAAUUUACCUCCACAGACAUGAGACAUGCUAAUGUGCGACUUGGAACACAUAUCAUGAGUGCAAAAAUCUAUGAUCUGCCAUGUAUCACGGAAGUUACAAAAACCCUUGACAAGAAAACGCUGUACAAAGUUGCCGAUUUAUCCCAAAUUGUUGUAUGUAGCCACGAUUUAUCAGUCGAUCCUGCAGAAUCACAAAUAAAGCCUGGGAGUAAGAAGGAAAUGAAACAGUGGCAGUAUCCUCACGGCCUUACCCCGCCAAUGAAGAGCGUGCGGCAACGACGUUUCCGAAAAACAAAGAAAAAGAAGUAUAUGGAAGCUCCGGAAGUUGAAAGAGAGCUCAAACGAUUACUUCGUGCUGAUUUGGAAGCAGAUUCAUUUCGAUGGGAAAUAGUCGCUGCUGACGAGAAACGAAAGGUUUUUAACCUGCCGAUGAACGCACAAGCAUGCAUCUCUUCCACGACUCAAGAUUCUGCCUCGGUUUCCGAGCAGACGCUUUUUGGUGAAAAAGAGAUACGUGUUCUUGCGCACCGAUUUCAGCAAGCUUGGGGAUCUUCAUGAGCUGUCUAUCAUCACCUCCCUUCCUCUUCUCUAAUCUCUAUCAUACUCUGCAACUAGUCCGUUUCGCUGCCAUUGUUCACGUCGCCAAAUAUGCGUGUUUGUAAAUUUUUUUUUUACCUCGGAAGGUGUUUUAUUGUUCCGUCUUCACUUUGGUUCAUAAUUUUCAAAUAUAUAUAAUGUUAUAUAUGGUCUUUUUAUAGAAAAUAGGCAUAAUUGAACUUUCUUGUGAUAUAAAGGAG